AUGAACAACGAACAGUUCCGUCGACUCGUCUCCACGAAUACGCCCAAGCCAUCGGCCGACAGCAAUGGCGCAACACCCACUCCUCCUCGAGGAGCGGCCCUUGGGUCUAGGCAGAGAUCUAGUAUCCCCAUGACUCCACGUUCAGUGGCAGGCCUUCAUAAAUCCGACUUCGCGCGACAACUGGCAGAGCGAAACCAGCCCGACAAGCAACAAAAGAAACCUCGAUCAUUUGCCCCGAAAGGUAGCAAGCUAGCACAAGGAUACACCGAUCGCACACAAGCCACCAGGAUCUCGGAUGAGGAAGACGAAAGGGCCGCCAGAAUAAAAGCACUGGAGGAGGCUCUGAAGAAAGAAGAGAUCGAUCAGGAAACAUUUGACAAGCUCAGAUUUCAGAUCGCGGGCGGGGAUCUAUCGAGCACACAUCUUGUCAAAGGGCUCGACUUCAAACUGCUCGAACGGGUACGGAAAGGCGAGGAUGUCUACGAUGAACACAAGACCGAGGAGGACGAGGAUGAGGAAGCAGGACCCGAGCCAGAAGACGUCGAGGGCGAAUUCGAUCGGUUAGAAGAAGACGAGGUGGCGGCAGUAGCCAAGGAGAAAGCAGCCAAGAAAGGUCAGCUAUCGACAGCGCCGUUGAACCCCUCGAAGAAGCGGACAAGAGACCAGGUUCUAGCGGAGAUGAAGGCUGCCAGAGAAGCUGCCAAAGCCAAGCAGGAGGAAUCCGCUCUAGGGCAAAGAUUCAAGAAGAUCGGUCCCAAAACGCCUGGCACAAGGAUAGAAAGGGAUAGCAAAGGUCGUGAAGUCAUGAUAAUCGUGGACGAAGAUGGGCACGAGAAGCGCAAAGUGCGCAAGACCCAUGCCAAUCUUGGUGACCCGAAGUCGAAGGCGAGCGAUAUGAUGGUGCCUGGUCCGAACGCAAAGCCCCUGGGAAUGGAAGUACCCGACAUCUACAAACCGAAAGUGGAAGAGCCAGAGGACGAAGAUAUCAACAUCUUCGAUGAUGUUGGGGAUGAUUAUGACCCUCUCGCGGGGCUGGACGAAGACUCGGAUGAGGACGAACCUGCAGAUAAGGCCGAGGUUUUAGAUGCUAGCAAGAAGGACAAAGAUGCGAUGCCACCACCCCCACGGCCAGCUGCCACUACGGAACGGCGGAACUACUUCAAGGAUUCCAAGACAGCUCUGGCAUCAUCCGAGACUCUCACGGCGCCGUCCAUGUCGGAUCCAGCGAUACAAGCGGCUUUCAAGAAGGCAGCUACGCUCAAGCAAAUGUCAAGGGAGACGGAUGAAGACGACGAGGAAGCCAAGGCCAAGGCGGAGCGACAUCGGAAGAUGCUGGAGAAUAACGACCGUGACGCGGAAGAUAUGGAUAUGGGCUUCGGCACGAGCAGGUUUGAGGACGAGGCAGACUUUGACGAGACGAAAGUCAAGCUAUCAGAAUGGGGUCGCGACGGCGAUGAGGAUGACACGGGUGGCAAAGGGGGCGGCGCAAAGCGCAAGAGGGGAGGGAAGAAGCGCAAGGGCGACGCUAACAAUGCGGCAGAUGUUUUGCGUGUGAUGGAGAAGCAGAAAGCUGACAAGGCCAAGUGA